UGUGCCCCAACAUCGUAAAGAAGAUAGAUUUACAAAGAAAGCGAAGUAGGCAAUGUUUUCUUUCUUGGGCCAGGAAUGAAACAUAUGAGGUACAAUAUUACAUGGACAAUCAUAUCGUUCAUCUUAAACACCAGUUCUGUACAUGUGGAUUUUUUCAGUUGUGUGGGUACCCUUGCUGCCACGCUUUGGCUUGCAUUUCCUACCAUAGACUCAAUGUUGAAGAUUAUAAACAUGAGUAUUUUAAAAAAGACAUGUACUUAAGAGUAUAUCAACACAUGAUAUAUCCAGUUCCUGGUAUGCAUGACUUCGAAGACACUGGUAAGGGUGAGGUUGGGCCCCCAAAUAUUAAACAGAGAAGAGGCAGACCAACAAAGAAACGAAGAGAUGAUGGCAAUGAUACAAAUCAUUCCAAAGCCUCUAGAAGGGGGCUAACACACACAUGUAAGAUUUGUGGUACUCUUGGACACAAUAAGUGAACGUGUCCCCGAAAAUCUUCACGCGGAUCAAGACAGCAAGGUGAAAAUGAACCUACAGAGCAGUCUGCAGCUUCCCCUUCAGAUCACGGCCCAGAGCAACUCCAUCAAGACAUGCUUGUUUCAAUGGUGACAGAUUUUGACAUUGACAGCUUUGAAAAUGCUUCCUAUUGGGAUAUUCUAGGAGCAACAAUGCAGCCUGAUACAUCUAACUUCUUCCACUCAUCCCAUAAAGCUAGCCAAAAAGCUUCAAGUACAUAUAAAUAGGUUUGCAUGUGUGACCAGUUUAGUAUGGUAGAUUGGUAGUAAUAUGUUUAAGACAACAAUUAUUCAUUCUCGAAAGGAUGAAUUUUUUGCUUUUGCUUUAUAUUUUGCUAUUCUGAAAUUUUUGACAAUGCAAAACACUCGUACUUAUUGUUGUUCUUUUGGUGAAGGGUAAUAUUCCUUCUUACUUUGUCCUGCUAAGUUGUGUUUUUUCCAGCACCAUGUUGUAAUAUUCCUCUUUAAUUUUGCUAUUUGAAAACGUGUGA